UCUAGAAGCUCAUUCGAUUCAGGUUUCCCCAAUCCAGAAGCUCACCAGAUCCAUGGCGUCUUCUUCAUCCUCUCAACCUGCGACGCAGGACAACACGCCGCUCCCUCUCAUCCUGUGCCAUACUUGUGGCAACACAGUUCUCACCAAGGACGCGUUCAAGGGCACCAGACCCGGUGUUAGGUACUACAAGUGCCCUCUCUUCAGUAGCGGCCUUUGCGUUUUCUUCGGGUGGAGGGAGGGAUACGCUGGACUGCUCGGGGCGAACGGGGGACUGACUGCUGCGGCCGGGUGGGCAAGCUGCUCCGGCCAUCAACAACCAGGAAGUCGCUCGACUGAAUCUUUUCGUGUCCCUGACAAACACAGUCGGGAUGCUGAUUGUGUUGGCGCUGAUCCUCGCCCAGAUCAGAUGUCAAGCUACAAGUGAAGCACGCAGCCGUUCCAUUAGGGCGCAGUAUGCCAUCUCUGCUAAGCACCAAGUGUAGUAUGUAGUGUAUGCUGGUCGAAAUUAUCACAGACUAGUCAUGUGUACCUAAUAGUGUUCCUGUUUAGGGUAGUCCGAGAUCUGCAGUAUCGCCGGUGAAGGCUAAAAUGCAAUUAUGUAGUUUAGGCCGCCGCCAUUGACUUGUACCGCGGGUCCAUUAGUCGCCCCAACCGUCCCCCCGUUAGGGACCACCGUUUUCUCUCCGUCGAAGAAUCAUUAACCAUGCGGGACCCAUCACUGCUA